CCCCCUGAUACGGUCCGUCCUGUCCCACGGUCCGCCUUGACGUACGUCCAAAACUUGAGGCUGCAAAGGUCGCAUGAAAUACAGAAAAUGCAAGCGUUACAAAAAUAUACUCGUCUCUUAGGAAUCGACCCGCAAGUUUUUGUGCAGGCUGCCAGUAUUAUGAAAUUGAGAAAACCUCCAAAUUAUGAUCAUGUUAUUUAUCCGGAGAAACGAAGGUUUAAAAUGUUGGAGAAAACUCCAGAGAAUGUACCAGGGACCUAUAAAAGUGCUCAACCUAUGCAGAAACGAAUAAACUUGAUGCGUGGACCUGAAUUAACUCAUAAUAGAAUACUCUAUGGAGACUAUGCUAUACAGGCUAUGCAAGGGGGACGGUUGAAACCAAUGCAUGUGGACAACAUGCGUCUGUUAACUAUAAGAAAAAUGGACGAUAAAAAAACAUUUGCUCAUUGGAGAAUCGAUGCACCUUGGCAAGCAGUGCCCAAAAAAGGGCUAGGUGUGAGAAUGGGUGGUGGAAGGAACACACCAAAAUAUUACGCCAUACCAAUAAGAGCGAGACGAAUACUUUUUGAAAUGGGCGGCCACCUGGAGUUUGCGGAGGUAAAGCCUAUCCUACAAGCUGUGGUGGACAUGUUGCCGUUCAAAGCAAGAAUAGUGUCACGUGAAUCUCUUGAAGCCUUAAAUAAACAGGAAGAAUUACUUGAGAAAAUGAAUCAAAACCCAUUUACUUUCCAAUAUGGAGCUGACAAUAAUUUGUUAGGAAUUCAAAAAUGGUUAAGUCCCUAUGACUAUUUAUGGUAUGGUAAAUUUAGAUAGUUUAAAACAUACAUGUAUCAGAAACAUUUUAGAAUUAAAAUUUUAAAAAACAAA